AUGCUACCGCGAAGACCCAGCACCUACCCGACGCCCUGCUGGGACCCGCAGCCAGAAGACGCCAACCCUGCCAAGCGCCGCCGCCUCCAGGAGCCUGCCUGCCAGUGGUUGCUGGCACAGCCAGACCUGGAAGCCUUCUCCAGGCCUGCCAGAGAGGAGCUCACUUCCACGGUGGUCAUUCCCGCUGGCUAUGCCGUGAAACUACGGCUGGAAGGCAUCGACCUGCGGCCCGACCCCACUUUGGUCACGAAAGUGUCGCUACCUGGACAUACCAUCAUCCUGGUCCCCGAGGGCCUCCAAGCCGCCUCUCAAUCUGGACAGUUUGUGUUCUGGCCCCCCGGCACGCAGGAGCCCGCUGUCCCGGACAUGCCCCAGGACCAUGACGUCUUUGCCCUCCACCAGGGAUUCAAUGAUCCAUCUCUAUCGUACAUCGAAGGCUUUGCAAACGUCCCUGACCCACAGGAAGACUCUCAAGAAAACUUUGUGAUGCCGUGGAUGAAUGCUCCAACUCGCAUGGCCCCCUUCACGGGCGUGUUCAUCCCCCUGUUCCAGGGUCAAAUGCCAUGUCCUUGGAGUGCAAGCUACCCUCCUAGUGCAGGGAGAUAG